AUGCAAUGGGGGGUGCAAGGCAACGGCUCCUCGGACGCCCAGGGGCUAUGGUGGCGGCUAUGCGCCGCACGCUCAGGGGGUGCUAAAGGGAGCCUGCAGCGUGGGGAGGAUGCCGUGCGUGGUGCUACUUUGGUGUGCCAUUCUCCGGUGCAAGGCCAGUCACCCGCGGAACAGUGGAGCCCCAUGACAAAGUUGGAGCGCGUCCACGCUGCCUUACAAAAGGCUGUCAACAAGGCGACCAAGAAGAUCGCCGAUCAAGAGAAAGACUGGGAUCAGGUCGAACUCUGCAAGCGGAUUGUCCGGUACUUGUACAAAGGAGCUCAAGCCCCUGAGCUGCUGACUCUCCCGUGGCACCAGGCGGCUGAGCAGUUUGUGGACACAGCCAUGCAAGGCUUCACUGCUGCGUGCGGAGACAAGCCUUGGUUCUUCGACAUGGACCUGACUUCUGCAUUCGGCAUGUCUUUCUGGGAGAUCUACACAGGCAGCGGGCAGCGUGCAAAUUGGUCUGAAGUGGAGGCGGUCCUCAACGGCAAGUACGAGCAGUUGAUGGAUCUAUGUCUCCUUGAAAAGGCCAUGUGGGAUUCGGCAGGCGGCCUGAUUCCGGACCAAGAGCCUCUCAGAAACAAGCUCUACAAGGCAUUGAAGACCAGCCAUGAGUCUGCCUUCAAGGAAGCGACAGAAGCACCCAGGAUGGGAGACCUUCAGCGUGUUGAGCUCUUCACCAGGGCUUGGAUAGAAGGCACGGUCAACAAGUCCUACUCGGUCCUGGAGCAAGCCGAGGGCUACCUCAUGAAUCCGGACAGCGUCGUCCAGCUCUUUCAGGAGCUAGUUGCACCGUUCGGCGAGGAGCACCCAUUCUCUUGCAUUCCAGCAGUGCUCACGCAAAGUAUUGGUCGCCCGCCAAAAGAUUGGGACUUUCUGCAGGAGGCGGUCAGGCAGUUUUUCCUGAACUGGAACAACCCUGACAAUGGUGCUGGUGAUGGGCUCGGCUACGGACAGCGCCGAGGCGCUCCGAGGGGUCUGAAAAGGCCCUUCGACGCCUUUGGGGCUGCAGUCCGGCCGGCCAAGAGCAAAGGCUGGGAACGCCGAGGCUUACAAGCUUCAGCCAGGCAGCCAUCAAAUCUCAGCGCAACCCAGGAGACUGCCGACGUGGCAGACAGCACCGGAGCAGUUGCAAAUCUGGAGGACAAAUCUGGGGUCGAAGGUGCCUGCGAGGACCCCGUUGCCCAGGCGCUGAUGGAACAGGUGGCUGCCGCAGAGGCUGCGGCUGAAGGCUGA